AUUUGCUCACUUUUGUCCCGGCAAUCAAACGGAAAAGAAGUGGUUGUUUUUAAAUAAAAAAACACACAAACAACAAUACAAUAUAGAAAAUUUGAAUUUGAACAUUUUUAAACACGUGAAUUUUUGAAAAUAAAAAAAAAAUAUUUAAUAAAAUUUUGAAUGAAUUUCUUUUGUUGUUAUUAAUAAUAAAACGCAUAUUUGAAUUUUGCUCUUUAUGACGAUUGAUAAAAAAGAGCUAAAGAAAAAGCAAAAUUUCGUAUUAAUAAAAAGCAAAGAAAAUUUUGAAAAACACAACAUUUUCCAUUGGAACGUUCAAGUGAAAAGUUAAAUAUUAAAAAAGAAAAAUAUUUUAAACAAUUUUUUUGCUAAAAAAAGAAAAUAUAAUAAAUCUUUUGUUAAAAGAAAAUUUUGAAGAAAAACGCAUAAAUAAUAAAAAGAAAAUUUUUAAAAUUUUUUUAUAAUAAAAAAAUAAGUUACAUAAAUUUUGAAAAAAGGUGAUAUAAUAAUUGAGUGAAUAUUUUGAACACAACAAAAAAAAGCCGUUACUUUUUUUAACAAUUUAAAAACAAAACUGAAUUGAUUAUUAACGUUAGAUUUUUCAAAACCGUUAAUGCGUUUAUUGUUUAAGAAACAAAACUGCUAACGACGCGUGUGUCUUAUGUGGUGUUAACAGUUCAGCUUAAAGCAAAUCAUAAUAAAACAAAACUUGAAAAAAAAACUGCAUUUAUUUAAACUAAAUUCUUCAAAACAAACUAAAAACAACAAUAAAAAAUAUUUAUAUUUUUUUUUUUUCGUUUUUGUAACAAAUUUUAUUUAAAUAAUAACAAACAAAAAAACACACAUACAACCAUGGAUGUAUCACAUGAAUUGGGAGCAUUACGUUUUGUUGUGGACUCUCCUCUAUCUUCAAAAGUCGCCAUGUUUAAUCAACAUGUCAAUCAACACAAACAAUCACAACUAUUAAAUCCAUUUUCCAAUCCGGAUGGCAGAUCAUCACCCAAGCCCACAUUUUCCAAAGAUGAAUAUGGCAAACCUUUGGCUGGUAGUUUGACAGAAAUGCGAGGUCAGAAAGCCAAUAUACAUGUCCUAAAGGAAAUGUUGGAAUUAUGUCAAAUUAUAGACUCAGAGGGUUAUGAUGUUAAAGAUGAACCCUCUAUGCGUGUUAUACCAUUUGGAGAGUUAUUUAAUAUUUACAAUUACAUUUCCGACAAAGUGGUGGGCAUUCUCUUGAGAGCUCGUAAACACAAACUGGUGGAAUUCGAAGGUGAAAUGUUAUUCCAAAGACGUGACGAUGAUGUGCCCAUUUUCUUACUCAAGCCCAUACAUGAAAUUCGCCGUGAUAUGGAGAGUAAAAUUGAGAGUAUUAAAAGAUGUGGCAGUCCAGCACCACAGGCAACUUCAGUACUAUUGGAUAAGAAAGCUCAUGGUUUAGAUGUGCCUUCACCAAGAAGUUCAGUGUCACGGACACCUUCACCACAAUCGUCUAAGGCAGGAACACCAGCACGUGAGGUUAAACCUAAAGCAGCCGAGGCACCAGCUGCCGCAGAAACACCCAAAAUACAAGUAAGUGAGGGUACAGCUGAGGCUGCAAAAACCGAAGUUGUGGAAAAUAAAGUCCAAGAAAACCAAAACAAACCAGUGGAAGAAGUAACAGCGCCAACGGAAGCAGUAGCCACACCACAGCCAACAGAAGUUAAAGAGAAAACUAAACCCCUUGAAGUAGAGACAAAGGCUACAACAUUGGAAGUUCCAGCUAAUACAGUUGAUACCCCAACUCCAGCCACAGAUAACAAGACCGAUGUUAACAAUAAUAACAACAACAACGAUUUGCCCACUAUUGUCAUAGAAGCAACAGCUGUUUAUCAAGGUCCUGCCAAAACUGUGGAAUCCACUGAAACCGCUGCCCCUGUCACCACCCCCAUAAUCAGCGAUUCAGAAUCUAAUAGUGCAGUUUCAAAUGCCCCCUCAGAAACUGUUGCCAGUGCUUAAGCUAUUAAUUUUAAGUUUCUUAAUUUAUUUCAAAACAUCAAAAAAGAACAGAAAAGAAAAAUAAUCUAUAAUUUAGUGACAAGACGACUCAAUAUGCAACCUAACCUAAUUUAAAUUUUGAAUUUUUGUUUUUAAACUAAAUUUAUUAGAUCUAUAUUACUUCUGUCUCCUAAAUAUUUCUAGGCUGCAGUAUUAUAAUGGUGUAAAUAUCGAAUUAAUUAAGCUAAAUUAAAUUUGUCUGUAGUCUUUUUAUUUAAUUAAUUAUUUAUUUUUUCAUUAACUCCUUGGUUUAUAAAUUAUUUAUACAUAGUGAUAUAUAAAAUACAUUAUUUAACUAAAUUAUAAUAAAUUAAUAAAAAAAUAAAAUAAAAUUAUAAAAUUAUA